ACUGUGAAUAAUUAGGUAUAUUUUAAAAUAAAAUAUUUGAUGAUUUGUCUUGAGAGUCUUCAUGUGUCCGACGUUGUUCUUUCUUUAAAUGAUUAAUAUUAUUUGUUUGGUGAUUUAAUUGGUACUAAGUGUGAUUAUCGUUUGCAUGAUUGUUAUUUCCAGUGGCAGCAAGUCAUAAACUUUCAAAGGAAAAGAACCAAUCUGCCCUUUGAACUUUGGCUGCAGUAUAAAUUCUGAAGUUGUUGAGCAUCAACCAAAUUAAUAUAGCUUGAGAAGUCAUAACAAUGGCUACUGAGAAUGGCUUUAAUGGUGAUACCAACUUGCACAAGGCCUGCACAUCAAAAAGCCAGGAAACCAGCAAAGGAGAUGAGAAAACCAACACUGUUCCGUUUCACAAAUUGUUUGUGUUCGCAGAUUCAACCGAUAUCUUGUUAAUGAUCGUUGGUACAGUCGGUGCGGUCGGGAACGGUUUAUGUAUGCCCCUUAUGACAAUCUUAUUCGGAGAUCUUGUUAACGCUUUUGGACAAAACCAGAGUAAUAACCAAGUGGUUCAUGUGGUCUCAAAGGUUUCUUUGAAAUUUGUCUACCUCGCGGUUGGGGCCGGGGUGGCGGCGUUUCUCCAGGUGAGUUGCUGGAUGGUCACAGGUGAGAGACAAGCUGCUCGAAUAAGGGGCUUGUACUUGAAAACCAUAUUGAGACAAGAUAUUGCUUUCUUUGAUGUUGAAACAAACACGGGAGAGGUCGUUGGACGUAUGUCUGGUGACACAGUCCUCAUACAAGAUGCCAUGGGAGAAAAGGUUGGGAAGGUUUUACAAUUGCUGUCCACAUUCUUUGGAGGUUUCAUUAUAGCAUUUGUCAAGGGAUGGCUUCUAACUCUUGUCAUGUUGUCAUCUAUCCCUCUCCUUGUAAUAUCUGGUGCAACGAUGGCUGUCAUUAUAUCUAAGAUGGCAACUCGUGGACAAACUGCUUAUGCUCAAGCUGCCACCGUUGUUGAACAGACAAUUGGUUCAAUUAGAACCGUUGCAUCAUUUACUGGUGAGAAGCAAGCCAUAAGCAAUUACAACAAACUUCUUGCUACGGCUUAUAAAUCAGGUGUUCAUGAGGGAACUGCUGCUGGACUCGGUCUCGGUGUAGUCUUGUUGAUCAUAUUCUGCAGUUAUUCUUUGGCUGUAUGGUUUGGUGGGAAGAUGAUUUUGGAGAAAGGGUACACUGGUGGUGAAGUAGUUAAUGUGAUUAUCGCUGUAUUGACCGGUUCAAUGUCCCUGGGGCAGGCAUCGCCAUGCAUGAGUGCAUUUGCUGCUGGUCAAGCUGCGGCAUUUAAGAUGUUCAAGACCAUCAAUAGGAAGCCUGAGAUCGACCCAUACGAUAUGAGUGGGAAAGUGUUGGAGGACAUUCACGGGGAUGUGGAAUUGAGGGAUGUUUAUUUCAGUUAUCCAGCCAGGCCAGAAGAGCAAAUUUUCAGUGGAUUCUCUCUUUCUAUUCCAUGUGGUACAACAGCUGCUUUAGUUGGAGAAAGUGGAAGUGGGAAAUCAACUGUAAUUAGUCUUAUAGAAAGGUUUUAUGAUCCACUAGCCGGUGAAGUGCUUAUCGAUGGCAUUAACCUCAAAGAUUUCCAACUUAGAUGGAUCAGGGGUAAGAUUGGCCUUGUUAGCCAAGAACCUGUGUUGUUUACAUCAAGCAUUAAGGAUAAUAUUGCAUAUGGAAAAGAAGAUGCAACCAUAGAAGAGAUACAAGCCGCGGCUGAACUUGCAAAUGCUGCUAAGUUCAUCGAUAAACUACCUCAGGGGCUAGAUACCAUGGUUGGAGAGCAUGGGACUCAGCUUUCUGGUGGACAGAAGCAGAGAGUUGCAAUAGCAAGAGCAAUUCUAAAGGACCCUCGGAUUUUGCUUUUAGACGAAGCUACAAGUGCAUUAGAUGCAGAAUCUGAAAGAGUGGUACAAGAGGCAUUGGACCGCAUAAUGGGCAAUAGGACUACGGUCAUCGUUGCUCAUCGUUUGAGUACCGUGAGAAAUGCAAAUACAAUUGCCGUAAUUCAUCGAGGAAAGAUGGUUGAAAAAGGGUCACAUUCAGAACUACUCAAAGAUCCCGAGGGAGCGUACUCUCAGCUUAUUCGGUUACAAGAAGUAAAUAAAGAGUCAGAACAAGUAGCAGAUGUAUCAGAAGUUACCCCAGAAUCAUUUAGACAGUCAAGCCUGAGAAGAUCAAUGAAGCGAUCAAUCAGUAGGGGAUCAUCUAUCGGAGAUAGCAGCCACCAUUCUUUCUCUGUAGCCUUCGGUUUGCCUACUGGAAUGAAUGUCAAUGAUUCUUCAACAGUAGAUACCGAAGACCCUUCCAAACAGCCAUUAAAGCAGCCUCUAGAGGUUCCUAUCCGUCGGCUAGCUUACCUCAACAAGCCAGAGAUUCCUGUUCUCCUACUUGGAACUAUAGCCGCUGUUGCCAAUGGUGUCAUACUGCCAAUUUAUGGUCUGCUGCUUUCCCAUGUGAUUGAAACAUUCUUUAAACCACCUGAUGAGUUGAAAAAGGAUACGAGAUUCUGGGCACUGAUAUUUAUGGCCCUUGGCCUGGCAUCAUUAUUGGCAUCUCCAGCACGAACAUACUUUUUCUCCAUUGCUGGAUGUAAACUAAUCCAAAAAAUCAGAUUAAUGUGUUUUUCGAAGGUGGUUCACAUGGAAGUUGGUUGGUUUGAUGAACCAGAUAAUUCCAGUGGUUCAAUCGGUGCAAGGCUCUCGGUUGAUGCAGCCUCAAUACGUGGCCUAGUUGGAGAUGCACUAGCUCAGAUGGUAUCAAACCUUGCAUCUGCCAUUGCUGGUUUGGUCAUUGCUUUUGUUGCAAGUUGGCAAUUGGCUCUUAUAAUGCUAGGACUAGUCCCUUUGAUAGGAUUCACUGGAUAUUUUCAAGCAAAUUUCAUGAAGGGAUUUAGUGCAGAUGCAAAGAUGAUGUAUGAAGACGCAAGCCAAGUUGCUAAUGAUGCUGUCGGGAGUAUAAGAACAGUAGCUUCAUUUUGUGCAGAGGAAAAAAUGAUGCAACUCUAUAGCAAGAAAUGCGAGGGUCCAUUGCAAACAGGGAUUAAGCAAGGGUUGAUUAGUGGAUCAGGAUUCGGACUGUCAUUCUUUUUGAUGUUUUCUGUUUAUGCUACCAAUUUCUAUGCCGGAGCUCAGCUUGUCAAGCACGGUCACGUAAAAUUCUCAGAUGUUUUUCAAGUUUUCUUUGGUUUGACAAUGGCAACUAUUGGAAUUACUCAAUCAAGCUCCUUUGCUCCUGAUUCCAGCAAAGCCAAGUCAGCUGCUGCUUCCAUAUUUGCAAUUAUCGACCGCGAGUCUAAGAUAGACCUGAGCGAUGAGUCCGGGACAACACUAGAAAACGUGAAGGCAGAAAUCGAGCUUCAUCAUGUUAGUUUCAAGUACCCAUUAAGGCCAGACAUUCAAAUUUUCCAAGACUUGAGUUUGUCUAUCCAUGCUGGCAAGACUGUUGCUUUGGUUGGAGAAAGUGGGAGUGGGAAAUCCACAGUGAUUUCAUUAUUGCAGAGAUUUUACGAUCCAGAUUCGGGACAUAUCACUCUUGAUGGAGUUGAAAUCCGAACCCUCCAAUUAAAAUGGUUGAGGCAACAAAUGGGGCUUGUUAGCCAAGAACCUGUUUUGUUUAACGAAACAAUCCGUGCCAACAUUGCAUACGGAAAGGGAGGAAAUGCAACCGAGGCAGAAAUCUUAGCUGCAUCAGAGUUGGCCAAUGCUCACAAGUUCAUAAGUUCAUUACAACAGGGUUACGACACGGUAGUAGGAGAGCGAGGUGUUCAAUUAUCAGGAGGACAAAAGCAAAGGGUAGCCAUUGCACGAGCCAUAGUUAAAAGUCCGAAGAUACUUCUCCUAGACGAGGCAACGAGUGCGUUGGAUGCCGAAUCAGAGAGGGUGGUUCAGGAUGCAUUAGAUAGAAUCAUGGUGAACCGCACAACAGUGGUGGUUGCUCAUCGGCUGUCGACAAUAAAAAAUGCAGAUGUGAUUGCAGUGGUUAAAAAUGGUGUCAUUGUAGAGAAAGGAAAACAUGACACCUUGAUAAAUAUCAAAGAUGGUUUGUAUGCAUCUUUGGUUGCACUUCACAUGAGUGCUUCCGCUUCAUAAAACUAUUUUCUUUUUUGGUAACCAUAAGGAUCAUUUUCUUAUUCUUUUCUCUGCUAGCAAAUCUGAUCUUAUACGCAUUGUAUUUUAUAAUAAACUUAUGGUUAAAUUACCCAAUAGGUCCUUGUACUAUAGGUUGAAAUGUCUAUUAGAAAAUUGAGGAAUUUAACUUUGAAGCAAA